AUGGAGGGUCUGAACGAAAUCCCCAAGCCAACCCAUCGGCAAAUUGGUCUGCCAGUUGUGAUAGACGAUGCUGUUGCAGAACACUUUCCCACGGGAUCAAGCGUCAAAGAUGCCCGUUCCCAUGGCGCUAGCUUCUGGACGCGUACCGCCCGAAUUGACGUUGACUUAGCCGACAAAUCCAUCCAGCGAUACUUUCUCAAAGAGUCAACUGGCGAGCUUGGAAUGAGCAUGAUGAGAGGAGAAUGCGAGGGGGCAAAGGUCAUCUUCAAGUACACGCCUGAAGGUAUUCCUCGUCCCAUCGCGUGGGGUACCUACAAGUCUGAUCCCAACACGCACUUCUACCUGUGCGAAUUCAUGGAUAUGAUUGAAGAGCUCCCCGAUAUUCGCAAGUUCUCGUCCAUGCUUGCUAAGCUGCACCAUGAGAGCAUGGUUGACGAGGAUGCCCCAAAAGAGUUCGGGUUUCAUGUGAUGACACAUGAAGGCAGCAUGUACCAAGAUAUCUCCUGGACCCCGACCUGGGAGCAGAUGUAUACCCGCCGGUUCAAAUCGUUUGCUGAUCAGGAGCGCGCAUCUCAAGGCACGAGCGAAGAGCUCGACCAGAUCGUUCACGAGUUCAUGGAAAAGAUAAUCCCGAGACUGCUGCGUCCGCUCGCAACCAACGGUCGCUCUAUUAAACCAGUAGCCCUCCAUGCUGACAUCUGGUACGGAAACAUAGCUACCAAUGCUGACACUGGAGGGCCUGUUUAUUUUGACCCCUCUGUAUUCUGGGGCCACAACGAGUGUAAGUCGUGCGUUUCUCGAAACCGAUCAAGGGCUGACCAAUUCUACCCAGUUGACGUUGGUAAUAUGGCUACGCCGCGCUACCGGCUCGGUCGACAUUGGAUGAGGGAGUACCACAAAUUCUUCCCCAUCUCAGCCCCCGAGGAAGACUAUGAAGAUCGAAAUCUCCUCUACCGCAUCAGCGGGCAUUUCUGCGCCUCGACACUGUAUCCUGACAACAGCUUUCGAAAGAUGGCAAUUGAGGACAUGAAGACCCUACUUGCCAAAUACCCGAACGGAUAUCAGGGCGAAUGA